AUGUCGCAACAACAAGGCUCCGGCAGCGGCUUCAUCAGCGGCCUCGACAACCAAGACACAUCCGCGCAGGUCGCCUACCGCUGCAUGGAGUGCAACACUUCUGUCAAGCUUGCCAAAGGCGACGCCAUCCCGGCGCUGGGAAGACAGGAGCACAAUGAGCGCAUUGUCAUGGUCUUCUCCAUAUAUCUUCAUAUCACUUUCAAUAUGGCGAGCGUCAACAUGAACAACCCAGUCGCUGGCGGACAGAACCUCCCGGACUCGACUCAAAUCGAAACGACCUGGUCAAUGGGCUUCGCUUCUCUCACCUCCAACAAAUAUCAUUGCGGUCGUCACCUUGUCCGCGAGUUCACGAACUAG